AUGGCCGAAGCCAAGCUGUUUGGAUUACAGAAUGAGAUCACCUGCUUUAUCUGUCAGGAGACCCUGAGUGACCCCGUCUCAAUCCUCUGUGGUCACAGUUUCUGUCUGAAGUGCCUCAAUGACUACUGGGAUCAAAGCCAUGAGUGCAGCUGUCCUGAGUGCAGAAGGACCUUCACAACGAGGCCUGAACUUCACAGAAACACCGUGCUGAAUGAACUCGUCAAGAAAAUAAAGAAGCCGAGACUCAGUCCUCAUCCAUCUCAGAAUUAUGCCGGCCCUGGAGACGUGGAGUGUGACACCUGUACUGGGAUGAAGUUCAAAGCGGUGAAGUCCUGUCUCACCUGCAUGGCCUCCUACUGUCCGACUCACCUGCAGCCCCACUUUGAAAUAGCAGCCUGGAAGGACCACAAGCUGACUGAUCCAGAUGGAAAUCUGAAGGUGGAGCUCUGUGUGAAACAUCAGAAGAGGCUGGAAAUAUUUUGUAAAAAUGAGGAGACUUGUAUCUGCAUGAUGUGUGCAUUGACUGAACAUGAAGGCCACAAAAAGGUCGAGCUGGAGAUGGAAAAAGCAGAAAAGCAGAAGGAGCUGGAGGUGACAUGGAGUGAAAUCAGGAGGAGACUUGAGGAGAGAGAGAAGACCCUGAAGGAGACAAAGAAGGCAGAGGAGCAGAUGAAGAUCUCUGUGGAAAAUGAAUUGGAGGAAAACGAGAAGAGCUUCACUGAUCUGAUUUGCAGUAUUGGAAAAACCCAGAAGAAAUUGACUGAGAAGAUCAGAGAACAAGAAAAGACAGAAAUGGAGAAGAUUGAAGGAGUCAGGGAGGAACUGGAGAAGGAGAUCGAGGAGCUGAAGGGGAAAGAUGCUGAGUUGAGGGAGCUGUCAGAGACCAAGGACAACAACUGCUUCCUACAGACUUUCCCGUCUCACGGUGUCCUUCCUGCAGAGGGAGACUCACUCAGCUUCACUGUCACUGAGAACUUCUCGUCUGAGGUCCUGAAAAAGAAGCUGUCAUGUGUGAAGAAGAGUCUGGAGAAGAUCAGCCAGUGGGCCAUCGUGACAUGGACUCCAUCAGGUCGUGAAGCUUCAGUUUUCACCCUACAGCCUCCUGAACCUCGGAGCAGAGACGAGUUUUUACAAUACUUCUGUCCACUCACACUGGACAUCAACACGGCACACAGAGACCUCCAUCUGUCUGAAGGGAACAAGAAGGUGACACAUGAUGAUUGGACAGUAACUGACUAUCCUGAUCAUCCUGACAGAUUUGACUGGAGUCUCCAAGUUCUGUGCAGAGAAGGUCUGACUGGGACUCGUUGUUACUGGGAGGUGGAGUGCAAUGAAUGCUGGGUAGACAUUGGAGUCGCAUAUAAAGGACUGAGCAGGAAAGGGUGGAACUUCGAGUGCAUGCUUGGAUACAAUGACAAGUCCUGGUGUUUGCAUUAUUCUCAGGGUCAUUACUCUGAGUAUCACACUGACAGGAAGAUGGAAAUCAGCGCCCCCCGCAGCUCCAGAAUAGGCGUGUAUCUGGACUGGCCUGCUGGCUCUCUGUCAUUUUAUAGCGUCUCACACACAAUGACCCUCCUGCACAGGUUCAGCACCACCUUCACUGAGCCCCUCUAUCCAGGGUUUUCCCUUAAUUUUAACUCCAGUGUAACAAUCUGCCAUCUGACACCAUGUGACCACUGACCAGGACCUUCCACCGGUCACUUGAGGUCCCCACAAGCGCAGGUCCUCUUUGUGUUUGUAGUUUUGGGUCAAAAUUAAUUUUACAGGAUGGAUGGGGGAGGGGGGGCAGCACCUUUGUGACUGAAUUUGGGGAUGAGAAUGCAGGGUGAGUGCGGCCAUCAGGGUCUCUUAUUAUUAUUGGGUUUGAGUAGCCAAUCAGGUGUGUGUGUGUGUUAUAGUGAGGGGUUGGUGAGACCACAGACCUACAAAUACCAGUCUGACCAGCACUGGUCACUGUUGAUUGACAGCCACAUGUCCUUCAGGGUGACACCCGAACAUCUGCUGUGACAUCUUGAGUGUCAUUGAA